GCCCGGUGAUCUAGCAACCGUAGUAGCACUAGUAGUAGUAGUAGUAACAGUGGUCAUUGCAAUCCACCUUAGUUUUCUUUCCUGUUGAGAAGCCACAGCCCAGUCAAGCAUGAGUUCAUCGUGGACAUUCAAGCAGAACAAGGUGUUCGAGGAUGCGCUGGCCAAGUACGACAAGGACACGCCAGACAGAUGGCAGAACGUGGCGCGGGAGGUUGGCGACGGCAAGACGGUGGAGGAUGUGAAGAAGCACUUCGCGGAGCUGGAAAAAGACGUGGACGACAUUCAUACAAACGGUGCCGGCAGCAGCAGCAACAACAUCAAGGGCGGUUCCAGCCGCGGUGGCAGCAGCCAUGGGCAGAGGUAGCCAAGGUACCUGAAGAGCCAGUGAUCGCUGGGCUGGUGCAAGACUCGAGCACAGCUAGCCUCCUGCCUCUGCCUGUUUUCCAGCCUGAAGCCAGUACUGCUCUAUCUACACUACUAGAUACACAUGACCCCAUGGUGAUCGUCAUCCGGUCAUGUAGCUAGCUGAAGUAGCUAUUGCUCUCCAAUGAUGAUGGCACUACGACAAGAAUAAAGUCCGAGACAUAAUCAAGUCCCGCAUCGGAGCUGUAUCUUCCGUAUAUUUUGUACGCAUUGUCUUCGUGUAUAUGACCCACACCACGAGCCAUGUCCCCAGCUAUAUUGUACCGCCGGAGGUAUCGGACGCGACGGGCGCUUGUACGCUGGUGCCGUGGUCUGUCUCCCUGUCGAAUCUGUUACCUGAUAUAUAUAUUUGUCUAAUGGAAA